CUCACUGCCAAUGACGGAAAAGUCAAUUAAAAUCAAUGGAGGGGCUGAACAAUAAUUUCACAAAAACCAGCUAAACAUAAAAUUUCAACACUCUUCAGGGUUCUCUAUGUAAAAUUAAUACCUUUCCCUCACUAUCAAUCGCCGGCCAUCACUUCCCUCCCGAGCCCUUCUUCUCUUCUCUUCUCUUCUCUUCUCUCUAACCCUAACCCUAACCCUAGAAAGCUUGAAACCCUCAUCAAUGGCGCCCGUGGAUCCCCACUCCUUCACCGACUCCACCGAUCCAUUCGCCACCCACGUUUCCCUAACCUUCUACCUCGAUUUCUUCACCUCCGCCAUCCAUGGCUCCGCUCUCAUCUUCCUCCCCGCUCCGCACUCCGGCUCCAUCACUCUCGACUCCCGCUCCAUCUCCAUCCACUCCGUCCUGGACCCAGUCUACUUCUCCCCUCUCCCUUUCACUCUCUCCGAUUCCAUUGACCCCAUCCUUGGCCAAUCCCUCUCCAUCACUCUCUCCUCCCAUUCCUCUUUCCUUGUUCUCUUCUCGACUUCUCCGUCCUCGUCGGCGCUCCAAUGGCUGACGCCGCCGCAGACCUCGUCGGGGAACCACCCCUUUGUUUACACGCAGUGCCAGUCCAUCCACGCCCGCAGCGUGUUUCCCUGCCAGGAUACCCCCGCCGCACGCAUCCGCUACUCAGCGCGGCUCAACCUCCCGUCGCCGCUCUCCGCCGUCAUGUCCGCGGCGCGGCUCACCUGCCGUGGUCCCGCCCCGUCCGAUCUCCCCGCGCCUCACCCUCUUUGUCCCUCCUCUGCCUGGUGCGCUGAUGGCCGAGUUGUGGAGGAGUUCUCUAUGGAGCAGCCUAUCCCGCCUUACCUCUUCGCGCUCGCUGCCGGUGAGAUCGGGUCGCGCGAUGUUGGACCGAGGACGAAAGUCUACGCCGAGGGCGGAAUGGAGGUUCUUGAUGCCGCCGCGAGGGAGUUCGCUGGGACGGAGGAGAUGAUCAAGGUUGGGGAGGGGCUUUUUGGGCCUUAUGAAUGGGAGAGAUUUGAUUUGCUGGUGUUGCCACCGAGCUUUCCUUAUGGAGGGAUGGAGAACCCGAGGAUGGUGUUCUUAACGCCGACGGUGAUCAAAGGGGAUGCCACCGGCGCUCAGGUGGUCGCACAUGAGCUCGCUCAUAGCUGGACGGGAAAUCUCAUCACUAACAAGACCAAUGAGCAUUUCUGGCUCAAUGAGGGUUUCACCACGUAUGCGGAGAGGAGAAUUGUGGAGGUUGUGCAAGGAGAGGAUGUUGCUGCUCUGAAUAUUGGGAUUGGGUGGAGAGGUUUGAAUGAGGAGAUGGAGAGGUUCAAGGAUAACAUGGAGUUCACUAAGCUGAAGACUAAGCAGGAUGGGAUUGAUCCGGAUGAUGUCUACUCUCAAGUGCCUUAUGAGAAAGGUUUCCAAUUUCUUUGGCGGAUUGAACGUCAGAUUGGGCGUCCAGCAUUUGAUGUGUUUUUGAAGAAGUAUAUUGCCAGAUUUAAGUUUCAGUCAAUAGAUACAGAGACUUUUCUUGAAUUCCUUAAAGAAAAUGUACCUGGAAUUGAGAAUCAAAUCGAUCUAAAGCUCUGGACUGAGGGGACCGGGAUACCUCCAGAUGCGUUUGAGCCGGUUUCAACCAUUUAUACAAAGAUUGUCUCACUGGCAAAUGAAUUCAAGCAAGGGAGGAUGCCGAGAGAUGAUGAGGUAGCUGACUGGAAUGGGCAGGAGUGGGAACUUUACUUGGAAAAUCUCCCCAAACCUUCUGAAGCUUCACAGCUUGCAGCUCUCGAUGCCCGUUACCGUCUAGCAGAAAGCAAAGACUGGGAGGUGAAAGUAGCAUUCCUUCAACUCGCAAUUUCAUCAGGAUGUAUAACUUACUUUGACGAAGUGGAGAAGGCGUUAAAGCAAGUCGGAAGGAUGAAAUAUCUCCGACCGCUGUACACUGCACUGGUCAAAGGCUCCGGCGAGGGAGAGAAGAUGUUAGCCAAGAGGAUCUUCACAGAAGCUUCAGAGUCCUAUCAUCCAAUUGCUCGAAGUGUAGUUGAUUCUAUCCUUGCCAAGCAUACUUAAGCUUAACUUCACUUGCUUAACCUGGCUUUUUCUAUGCACCAUCUUCUUAAUAAAAA